GUUGAAAGCCUUGGCUGGAUAAAUGUCAUUAGAUUUGGUGUGGGGGCCUUCAUGAUCUAGCAUGCCUAGUUGAUACCAAUGAACCAGAAGCCUCUCUGCCGGUUUUAGAGUGGACACGCUGCAUUUAUACAUCCAAAGUGAGAGUUAAAACCCGAGUAUCAACAGGAACAGGUCAAGAUGGCAUACAAACUUGGUGAGAAGGUCACUGUGGGCAGGAUCACUGAGGAAAACUGGGAAGAUGUCCUGCGACAGAAUUACAUGGUACUAACAAGAAUCCGGCCUGGUUACAUUGUGGAUAUUCUCUUCCAGGAGCGUGUGUUAAAUGAAGAAGACAGAGAUGAAAUCAGGUGUUUAACAACACCAAGGAAGCAAGCAGUUCGUCUCCUGGAUUUAUUGCCAUCCAAGGGAUAUAAAAGUUUCCUGUCAUUCUUGAAAAUGUUGGAGAAUGAAUACCCAGACAUUUACCAAACCGUGACUGGAAAAGAAGCUGUCAAGAAACCAGGUUAUAACCGUUUGGAUCGUUGGUCAAGUUUCCUUGAACACAUGCCAGAAGUGUUUUCAAAGCUAAGAUCAGAAAUGAAGAAUUCCAAAACACUGGCAGAUUCCUUACACCAACUUCAGCAAAGUGUUGAGUUGAUGAAACAAGAGAAAGCUGAUCUAGAGAGAGAUCUGGAAAUGUCAAGAUUGGAAUUGAUAGAGCUCCCUCAGCUCCGGCGGGAUUUUGAUGUCCUUUAUUCUGAAAAUGAAAAGUUAAGAAAUGAAAACCAUGACCGUACGAAGGAGACACUGGCCUGUAUUCAUGAGAGAGAUCGCGCAGAAAGAAAAUGUCGAGAACUUCAAGGGGAUGUAGCGAAAUACAAAAGUGAACUAGGAAAACUUCGUGGUGAACUUGAAAUACUCAGGAAUGCAGUUGAAAUGGUUACAAUGGAAAGAGACAAAGAAAAACGAAGAACGAGAAACCAGGAGAGAAUAACCGGACAAGUUUCAAUUGAUGAAGGUUACAAAGAGAGCGUGGACAAGAGCCUUACCGAUAGUGUCCGUCUACAGCUAGAGCAUGAGAUAGAUAUUCUACGAGAGUCAGAAAGAGAACUUCAAGACGAAAUUCAUAAUGUGGCUCAAGAAUUGUUGAAAACCCGCACCAACCUUCAUCAGGUGGAGGAAGAACUGAGAAGGGCAAUUGCUGAACGAGAGAAAAGUCAACAAGCUCUUGGAAACUCAGAAGAAAACUAUGAAAAUAUAAAGAUACGCUGCAAUGAUAUAUGGCAUCAAGUGGACGAGCUGCGUCAAGAGAAAGAUAAAGCAAUGGAGAGCCAGCAUUUUUACCUGAACAUGUAUAAUAAGGUGAGUUUGGAGCGUGACCGUCUGAGUUCUCAGUUGAAGAAGUUAGAGAGUCAGUAUGAUGACACCAAGAAACAGCUGGACAAAUUGAAACAGGACAUGAGGAGUUCACUGCAAUCUUCAAAUGAUAGUGUGGACUUUAAUGACACUGUUCAUCAGUGGAUAAAUCGCCUUGAAGAGAAGAGAUUAUUUGGGGCCUGUACUGGUACUUCAUCCAGUGAAGUAUCCGAACUAAAUGAUGCAUGCCCAGGUUUAUCACCAUCUCAUGGUGUUGAAGGUUUUUCUGCAUCUGCCACUAAGUAUCCGACGCUGGGUAGAACAGACACUGUCAGUGCUGAAGCUGGAGACGCACCAGGAAAUAAGUGUCUUGACCCUGACACGGAGGGGAGGGAAGUAGUAGACAGGUGGAAAAAGAGACACAAUGACUAUGUCUUGGUAUCAAGGGAGGAUAAAAAGGAAGGAAGAUGUUUUGUGACUCUGCCGAAAGCUGGUUGUUCAGAAGUGGAUUCUGACAGUGGGGACAGGAGUGAGAGCAACAAAUGUGAAGGAAGCCUCGUUGAUUUCUACAUCAGAUGUGAUCAGGACUAUGAUGGUAUCACUGAUGAGGAAUUAUCAUACAAAGCUGGUGAAAUUCUAAGGGUCACAGACAUCAGUCCUGGGGAUAGGAAAGAUGCCUGGUUAGCUCACAAAGUCAACACCAGCACUGGCAGUCCAUGUAUACCCAAGGUGGAGGGCAUAAUCAAGAGUGGAAUCAAACUUGACAGGCCCCUAAGAAACACUUCCAUAGAUAGCCAGGCAGGAAGCAUUUUAAGUAGGCGAGAUGCAAUGAAGCCUAAAAAAGCCAAGCCAGAAGGGUAUACACUUUCUCCGGAUAAGUACUCAAGGAGUAUAAGUUGUUGUUAUGAUAAUGGGCUGUAUACUUUUGUGAGCAUGGAGUCAGUGACGUAUAAGAGACCAGUUUUGUUUUCUGGCCCAAGAAAUGUAGCUAAGUCCUUGUCAGAAGUUUUGGCUAGGCAGGGGAAGUGUACAUCAUGGUUCAGUGACGAUGCACAUUCAAAAUGUUUUGAGAUGAAGUUAGCUUCAGUGGUGGAGAAAGACCAGCGGAUCAUUCUUCCACCUGGAAGCCUGAGUACCUGCCACACUGCUAAACUUUACCCCAUCUGUAUCAGGAUUAAGGCUGAAUGUACAGGCGAGAAUAAACACCUGAUGUCUUUGCUUGGCAAUGUGGAGGAGGACUCUUCACCCCAGGAUGACAGUGAAGAACUGAGGGAGAUGGGGUUGACAGCCACACAAUACAGGACCUUCAGAAUUUCCGAAAUCCUGACACCAACCUGUGAGGAUCUGGUCAAUAAGAUCAUGACUAUGGUGGAUGAAAUGCAGUUGGACACAGUCUGGAGACCUACUCAAAAGCUUCCAACCAUUAGCCUUUGCUCAACUCCCUAAAGGAUAUAUUUGAUAGUGUAAUUCCUUUACUGUGCCAUACGUUUUGUUUCGAUUUUGUCUGGGUACACACCUUUAUGUAAUUGUAAUGUGGAGAAAAACUUUAUGUAAGUUAAUGCCUCCUAUACAUUUGUAACUUUUAAUUAGGGUUUGAUUCCUGUAUACCAGUAAGUGGAAAUGUUUUUUGCAUGUAUUUGUAUUUUUAGGGAUUUUUUCUUCUUAUUAUUAUUAUCUUAUUCUUUCGGUCUAAUUUUAUUUGCGCUGUAUAUUUUUGUCACAAAUUGCGAUUAAAACAGGGGGAAAAAGGCAAUUUCCCCCAUUUUUGCAGGUCACGCAACAGAAAACUGUUACAACUGUAAAGCUAAUAAUGGCAGAGUGCAAUAUGUGUACUGUAUGCGUGCAGAAAAUCGUUGAAGUUUUAAUAAAUGCAGGAGUUGCAGUGCUUGAAGAUAUUGUCCAAAGCCGAUUUGCCAUAUUUGGCACUUUAACGUCCCCAUGUUAUAUGGUGCAUUUUAAAUGCGUUUAUGACUAGGACGGAUGUACAAAUAUUCUAAGCAUGCUGCCUGACGAAGUUUGACAGCAUGAUCAUGAAUCAGGACUUUCUUUCUGGCGACGUAUACUUUUGUCGCAAAUUGAGAUCAAAUUGUGAAAAAGCGCAGUUUCCACCAUAUUUGGCGGUCUCGUGACAGAAAACUGUUAUAGCUGUAAAGCUGAAAAUCACUGUGUGCAAAGAACUAUACAUGUACAUUAUGUGUGCUAAACAUCAUUGAGCUGUGUUCAUGCUCGCCUUCAAUAUUGCCCAAAGGUUGAUUUACUCCAUUUGGCACAUCUACAUAUACAAGCUGUACAGUGUACUUACAAUGCACUGAUGACUGUGAAGAGUGUAAGGUUUCUAAUUAAGAUGGUUAUGUAUCUGUACAUGGACACCAUUAAGGCAACCAGAAGUGACACUGUAACGCCGGCAAUACCGGCUUGAACCCUUGCAUUGCUGCUUUAGCAGCUAUAUUUAUUAAUUUUUUUUUUUUCACCGACUUUGUGAGCAGGAGAUCUCCAACACCGUUCAACAUACAAGUCCCAAAUUUUGCUCAUAUCAUCUGUCAGAUAUUCUCUAGGUACAAUUUCUGCAUUUUUUUCAGUUUCAAGGUCUCGUGGUUUGGCCUCCAGGUUGGAUUUUGUUCAAAAUCUUGAAACAUCUUCUUCUCAAGAACCAGUGAACCGAUUGUUUUCAGAUUUGACAUGCAGCUAGACCAUUAGGAGUUACAAUAAGUUUGCAAAAAUCGUUGACUUCCGGUCAAAACUUUGGAAGCUUCAGUUUUUGAAAUUUCAGUUUUUCUCAACGUAUUCUGGUGUAUUUUGAGCCUCUGAUUCUGAAUCUGCUUUUAUUGUUUGCAUAUUUUUUAUAACUUUUCGAGUCAAAAAACUAAAAUUAAUUACAUAAUUUCAAUGAAGUGUAACUCGAGAACUAUGGGAGCUAAAAUGUGCAACUUGCACCAAAUUAUAGCCCAAGACAUACUCUUUCUGGAGUUUGCCAAUGGAUUUGAGCUACGAACAACAGUUUUUCAUGCUAGAAGCGUUUAA